CACAACACCACACCACAAAAGAAACAGAGACACAAUGGAGGAGUUUGUUAACCUCAAGUCCUCAAUUUGCUCUUUCUUCUUACUUAUUUCUCUUUUGGGCUUCCUCCCUUUGCUCUCUGCUUUUCCUCUUCCAAAAACUCACUACCAUCAGUUCAUUGUGCAACCAAAACCAGUGAAGAGGCUGUGCAAAGUCCACAACAUCAUAACAGUGAACGGACAGUUCCCGGGACCGACUCUAGCAGUAAGAGAUGGAGAUUCCCUUGUGAUCAAAGUUGUUAACGCUGCCCGUUACAAUGUUUCUCUCCAUUGGCAUGGGAUAAGGCAGCUGAGGAAUCCAUGGGCUGAUGGGCCAGAGUUUAUAACCCAAUGCUCCAUAAAGCCAGGGGGCAGCUACACCUACAGAUUCACCAUUGAGGGCCAAGAGGGGACUCUAUGGUGGCAUGCUCACAGCCGAUGGCUUCGAGCCACUGUCUAUGGUGCUCUCAUUAUCUAUCCCAAGCUCGCUUCUCCACACCCUUUCGUAAUGCCCAAGAAAGAAUUUCCUCUUCUUCUUGGGGAAUGGUUUGACAGAGAUCCAAUUAGUGUGUUGAGGCAAGCACUUUUUACGGGAGCAGCACCUAAUGUCUCUGAUGCUUACACCAUCAAUGGGCAGCCUGGUGAUUUCUAUAUUUGCUCCAAGAAAGAGACGAUGAGAUUGGCAGUGAAUUCCGGUGAGACGAUUCUUCUAAGAAUUAUAAACUCUGCAUUGAAUCAAGAGCUGUUCUUUUCGAUCGCAAACCACCAGAUGACAGUGGUGGCAGUGGACGCAGCUUACACCAAACCAUUUGCUACAAAUGUUAUAAUGAUUGGACCCGGUCAAACCACUGACGUCCUUGUAACAGCCAACCAACCACCAGCUUAUUACUACAUGGCCGCCACAGCCUACAACACCGCCCAAAACGCCCCCUUCGACAACACCACCACCACCGCCAUCCUCCAAUACAACAAUCUCCCACCACAACAAAAUCCACGACCCAUUCUAGCCCAACUCCCAAAUUUCAACGACACCCCAACCGCCACCCGAUUCACCGAUCAACUUCGAAGCCCCCAUCGAGUGAGCGUCCCGUUGCACAUCGAUGAGAACUUAUUCUUCACAGUUGGAUUAGGCCUCAACAACUGCACCAACCCGAACAGCCCUCGCUGCCAAGGCCCCAACGGCACUCGCUUCACUGCCAGCAUCAACAAUGUUUCCUUCGUUUUCCCAAAGUCCAAUUCCAUAAUGCAAGCCUAUUACCAAGGUGUUCCCGGCGUUUUCACCGCCGACUUUCCGCCGUUUCCACCUCUGCAAUUCGAUUACACUGGGAAUGUGAGCAGAGGGUUGUGGCAGCCACGCCGAGGGACAAAGGCUUAUAAGCUUAAAUAUGGAUCGAGUGUGCAAAUUGUGUUGCAAGAUACUAGCAUUGUAACUCCUGAAAACCACCCAAUGCAUCUCCAUGGCUACCAUUUCUACGUGGUUGGUUCCGGUUUUGGUAAUUUCAACCCGAGGACAGACCCAGCGAGGUUUAAUCUUAUCGACCCCCCGGUGAGAAACACCAUUGGAACGCCCACCGGUGGUUGGGUUGCAAUUCGUUUCAUUGCUGAUAACCCAGGAGCUUGGUUGAUGCAUUGCCAUAUAGACUCACACCUUGCUUGGGGAUUGGCCAUGGUUUUUCUAGUUGAGAAUGGAGAAGGAGAGAUGCAAUCUGUUAUUCCACCACCCCCGGAUCUCCCUCCUUGUUAAUCCAAUAAUCCAUCCAUUCUGAAAGGGAUUUUAAUUCCUUCUAGCUUGCAUCCAUUUUUUUUCUUAGCUAUUGUGAUUUUUACUUUUCCAUUUUCAUUGUCAAACACACAACAACAAAAAAAAAAGUAACAUAUCAAUUAUGUCGUGAUCCUUAAUUAUGUGAGUGAAAAUGAAGCCUUCUUUAUU